AGGGUCUCCAUUUUGGGACAUUCUAAUCCCUGAGCCCCUAUUAUUUUCAUCAUGGGCUUCUGCCUGGCUCUAGCAUGGACACUUCUGGUUGGGCCAUGGACCCCUGUGGGCGCUCAGAACCCCAUUUCAUGGGAGGUGCAGCGAUUUGAUGGGUGGUACAAUAACCUCAUGGAGCACAGAUGGGGCAGCAAAGGCUCCCGGCUGCAGCGCCUGGUCCCAGCCAGCUAUGCAGAUGGCGUGUACCAGCCCUUGGGAGAACCCCACCUGCCCAACCCCCGAGACCUUAGCAACACCAUCUCAAGGGGCCCUGCAGGGCUGGCCUCCCUGAGAAACCGCACAGUGUUGGGGGUCUUUUUUGGCUAUCACUUGCUUUCGGACCUGCUGAGCGUGGAAACGCCCGGUUGCCCCGCCGAGUUCCUCAACAUCCGCAUCCCGCCCGGAGACCCCGUGUUCGACCCCGACCAGCGUGGGGACGUGGUGCUGCCCUUCCAGAGGAGCCGCUGGGACCCAGAGACCGGACGCAGCCCCAGCAACCCCCGGGACCUGACCAACCAGGUGACGGGCUGGCUGGACGGCAGCGCCAUCUAUGGCUCCUCUCACUCCUGGAACGACGCGCUGCGGAGCUUCUCUGGGGGACAGCUGGCGUCGGGGCCCGACCCUGCCUUCCCCAGAGACUCGCAGAACCCCCUGCUCAUGUGGGCUGCGCCCGACCCCGCCACCGGGCAGAGCGGGCCCCGGGGGCUGUACGGUGAGGCCGCGAGGGCGAGACGGGGCCGGCUGGGGGUCUGCGAGUGUGGGCUCCCGGGGUCACGCUACGGCUCAUCUCCCCCCUUGCGCCCCCACGUCGGAUGCAGCCUUCGGGGCGGAGCGAGGGAACCGGGAGCCCUUCCUGCAGGCGCUGGGCCUGCUCUGGUUCCGCUACCACAACCUGUGCGCGCAGAGGCUGGCCCGCCAGCACCCAGACUGGGGGGACGAGGAGCUGUUCCAGCACGCGCGCAAGAGGGUCAUCGCCACCUACCAGGAUACCGGCCAUUUCUGGACCCCAGCAUCUCCUCCGAGUUCGUGGCGGCCUCUGAGCAGUUCCUCUCUACCAUGGUGCCCCCUGGCGUCUACAUGAGAAAUGCCAGCUGCCACUUCCAGGGGGUCAUCAAUCGGAACUCAAGUGUCUCCAGAGCUCUCCGGGUCUGCAACAGCUACUGGAGCCGUGAGCACCCAAGCCUACAAAGUGCUGAAGAUGUAGAUGCACUGCUGCUGGGCAUGACCUCCCAGAUUGCAGAGCGAGAGGACCAUGUGGUGGUUGAAGAUGUGCGGGAUUUCUGGCCUGGGCCACUGAAGUUUUCCCGCACAGACCACCUGGCCAGCUGCCUGCAGCGGGGCAGAGAUCUGGGCCUGCCCUCUUACAACAAGGCCAGGGCAGCGCUGGGCCUGCCUCCCAUUACCCGCUGGCAGGACAUCAACACUGCACUCUCCUGGAGUGAUGACACUGUACUGGAGGCCACAGCCUCCCUGUACAACCAGGACUUGUCCUGGCUAGAGCUGCUCCCGGGGGGACUCCUGGAGAGCCAUGGGGACCCCGGGCCCCUGUUCAGCACUAUUGUCCUCGACCAGUUUGUGCGGCUGCGGGAUGGUGACCGCUACUGGUUUGAGAACACCAGGAAUGGGCUGUUCUCCAAGAAGGAGAUUGAAGAAAUCCGAAAUACCACCCUGCGGGACGUGCUGGCUGCUGUUAUCAACGUUGACCCCAGUGCUCUGCAGCCCAAUGUCUUUGUCUGGCAUAAAGGAGACCCCUGUCCACAGCCGAGACAGCUCAGCACUGAAGGCCUGCCAGCCUGUGCUCCCUCCAUCGUCCGUGACUAUUUUGAGGGCAGUGGAUUUGGCUUCGGCGUCACCAUCGGGACCCUCUGCUGCUUUCCUUUAGUGAGCCUGCUCAGUGCCUGGAUUGUUGCCCGGCUCCGGAUGAGAAAUUUCAAGAGGCUCCAGGGCCAGGACUGCCAGAGCAUCGUGUCUGAGAAGCUCGUGGGAGGCACGGAAGCUUUGGAAUGGCAAGGCCGCAAGGAGCCCUGCCGGCCAGUGCUGGUGCACCUGCAGCCCGGGCAGAUCCGUGUGGUAGAUGGCAGGCUCACUGUGCUCCGCACCAUCCAGCUGCAGCCUCCACAGCAGAUCAACCUCGUCCUGUCCAGCAACCGUGGACGCCGCACACUGCUGCUCAAGAUCCCCAAGGAGUAUGAUCUGGUACUGCUGUUUAACUUGGAGGAAGAGCGGCAGGCGCUGGUGGAAAACCUCCGGGCAGCUCUGAAGGAGAGCGGGUUGAGCUUCCAGGAGUGGGAGCUGCGGGAGCAGGAGCUGAUGAGGGCAGCUGUGACGCGGGAACAGCGGAGCCACCUCCUAGAGACCUUUUUCAGGCACCUUUUCUCCCAGGUGCUGGACAUCAACCAGGCCGAUGCAGGGACUCUGCCCCUGGACUCCUCCCAGAAGGUGCGGGAGGCCCUGACCUGCGAGCUGAGCAGGGCUGAGUUUGCCGAGUCCCUGGGCCUCAAGCCCCAGGACAUGUUUGUGGAGUCCAUGUUCUCUCUGGCUGACAAGGAUGGUAAUGGCUACCUGUCCUUCCGGGAGUUCCUGGACAUCCUGGUGGUCUUCAUGAAAGGUGAGAGAGGAGGGAAUGAUAGGAGAGGCUGGACAGGGGCUGGAUUUGUUGGAGGUGGGGAAGCCCUGGGCCAGGUCUCCAGCCAUGGCAGAUGCCCAGGAGUGACCAAGCAGGGGUCAGGAAGCAGAAUGACCCUUGCUGUGUCCAGCAGUUGGUCAUCACACUGGCGUGAGGCCCCUUCUGGCCAGCCUGGGGGUUCAGGGGACUCUCCUUAUGAAGUCCUCCCUCUCCCAGGCUCUCCUGAGGAAAAGUCUCGCCUUAUGUUCCGUAUGUACGACUUUGAUGGGAAUGGCCUCAUUUCCAAGGAUGAGUUCAUCAGGAUGCUGAGGUCCUUCAUUGAGAUCUCCAACAACUGCCUGUCCAAGGCCCAGCUGGCCGAGGUGGUGGAGUCCAUGUUCCAGGAGUCAGGCUUCCAGGACAAGGAGGAGCUGACAUGGGAGGAUUUUCACUUCAUGCUGCGGGACCAUGACAGCGAGCUCCGCUUCACACAGCUCUGUGUCAAAGGGGUGGAUGUGCCUGAAGUCAUCAAGGACCUCUGCCGGCGAGCCUCCUACAUCAGCCAGGAAAAGAUCUGUCCCUCUCCCAGAGUGAGUGCCCGCUGUUCCCGCAGCGGUGUUGAGACUGAGUUGACACCUCAGAGGCUGCAGUGCCCCAUGGACACGGACCCUCCCCAGGAGAUUCGGCGGAGGUUUGGCAAGAAGGUAACGUCAUUCCAGCCCUUGCUGUUCACUGAGGCACAUCGAGAGAAGUUCCAACGCAGCCGUCUCCACCAGACCGUGCAGCAGUUCAAGCGCUUCAUUGAGAACUACCGGCGCCACAUCGGCUGCGUGGCCGUGUUCUACACCAUCGCUGGGGGACUUUUCCUGGAGAGGGCCUACUACUACGCCUUUGCCGCACACCACAUGGGCAUCACGGACACCACUCGCGUGGGCAUCAUCCUGUCACGGGGCACAGCGGCCAGCAUCUCCUUCAUGUUCUCCUAUAUCCUGCUCACCAUGUGCCGCAACCUCAUCACCUUCCUGCGAGAAACCUUCCUCAACCGCUAUGUGCCCUUCGACGCCGCUGUUGACUUCCAUCGCCUCAUUGCCUCCACCGCCAUCGUCCUCACAGUUUUACACAGUGUGGGCCAUGUGGUGAAUGUGUACCUGUUCUCCAUCAGCCCCCUCAGCAUCCUCUCCUGUCUCUUUCCUGGCCUCUUCCAUGAUGACGGGUCUGAGUUUCCCCAGAAGUAUUACUGGUGGUUCUUCCAGACUGUACCAGGCCUCACAGGGGUUGUGCUGCUCCUGGUCCUGGCCAUCAUGUAUGUCUUCGCCUCCCACCACUUCCGCCGCCGCAGCUUCCGGGGCUUCUGGCUGACCCACCACCUCUACAUCCUGCUCUACGUCCUGCUCAUCAUCCACGGUAGCUUUGCUCUGAUCCAGCUGCCCCGUUUCCACAUCUUCUUCCUGGUCCCAGCAAUCAUCUAUGGGGGUGACAAGUUGGUGAGCCUGAGCCGGAAGAAGGUGGAGAUCAGCGUGGUGAAGGCGGAGCUGCUGCCCUCAGGAGUGACCUACCUGCGGUUCCAGCGGCCUCAGGGCUUUGAGUACAAGUCGGGGCAGUGGGUGCGGAUUGCUUGCCUGUCUCUGGGGACCACUGAGUACCACCCCUUCACACUGACCUCCGCGCCCCAUGAGGACACACUCAGCCUGCACAUCCGGGCAGCAGGGCCCUGGACCACUCGCCUCAGGGAGAUUUACUCAGCCCCGACGGGUGACAGAUGUGCCAGAUACCCGAAGCUGUAUCUUGAUGGACCAUUUGGAGAGGGCCACCAGGAGUGGCAUAAGUUUGAGGUGUCAGUGCUAGUGGGAGGGGGCAUUGGGGUCACCCCUUUUGCCUCUAUCCUCAAAGACCUGGUCUUCAAGUCAUCAGUCAGCUGCCAAGUGUUCUGUAAGAAGAUCUACUUCAUCUGGGUGACAAGGACCCAGCGUCAGUUUGAGUGGCUGGCUGACAUCAUCCGAGAGGUGGAGGAGAAUGACCACCAGGACCUGGUGUCUGUGCACAUCUACAUCACCCAGCUGGCUGAGAAGUUCGACCUCAGGACUACCAUGCUGUACAUCUGUGAGCGGCACUUCCAAAAGGUUCUGAACCGGAGUCUAUUCACGGGCCUGCGCUCCAUCACCCACUUUGGCCGCCCCCCCUUUGAGCCCUUCUUCAACUCCCUGCAGGAGGUCCACCCCCAGGUCAGUCUCACCCAUAUCCAGGUUCUCUUCCUCUUUAUCAUUUGGGGUCUGAACAAAGCUCCAAACCCUGCCCCAUCAAGGAGGAAACUGACUGCUGGUAAGAACCCAUCCCCUGGGAGAUUGGUGGGGUAAUGGAAGGGAAAGGAUAGGUGUGCGGGGGGCGAGGGGGGUCACCCUUAGGUGCUAAGGAGGAGGCAGGCAAUAGGGACUUGCCAUCUCUGAAGCCAUGACGAAGAGCUCAGUCAUUGAGCUAGUCCUCGCCAUAAACUCAGGGCUACCCUCACCAUUAAUACUGAGUCAGCCCUCAGCAUAGACACUGAGGUAACUAACCUUUACCACUAGCAUUGGACUAGUCACUACUCACAAAUACUGGGCUAGCCCUCCAUGAGAUGCUGAGCUUUUCCUCAACUUGAACACUGAUUAACCCAACCCCUAUUAGAAAUGUUGAUUUAGCACUUAGCAAAAUUCUACUAGACUUAUACUGAGCCAGCCCUCACCAUGCAUGGUACAAAGCAAACCAUUGGGAGCACUGCUGGCUUUUUUUUUUAAGAAAGGGUGUUGCUCUGUCACACAGGCUGGAGUGUGGUGGUGCAAUCCCAGUUUACUGUAACCUCCAACUCCUGGGUGCAAGCAAUCCUCCCACCUCAGCCUCCCAAGUAGCUGGGACUGCCACUAGUGCACCAUUAUGACCAGCUAAUUAAAAAAAAAAAUGUAGAGACAGGGAUCUCACUAUGUUGCCCAGGUUGGUCUUGAACUAGGGAGCUACCCCUUCCUGUGAACUCUGAGUUAUCCCUAUUUUUGAACACUGAGUUAGCUCUGCCUCUAAGCAACGAGCUAGCCUUUACUUAUUCCUCCUGCAACAGGUCCGGAAGAUCGGAGUGUUUAGCUGUGGCCCCCCUGGCAUGACCAAGAAUGUGGAAAAGGCCUGUCAGCUCAUAAACAGGCAGGACCGGACUCACUUCUCCCACCAUUAUGAGAACUUCUAGGCCCCCUGCCCAGGGGCUCUGCCUACCGCCCAGUUGAGCCUCUGCCCAAGAGGUUUGGGCCCACACCUCCUUUCUGUUCUUCCUAUUUCUGGCUGCCUCAGCCUUCUCUCAUCUUAUCUCUCAACCUUGUUCCAGGUGGCCACAGUCAGUCACCACGUGUGGGCUCAGGGAUCCCAGGAUGUGUCUUACCCUGCAGAAAUGGGGGGCAGUAUCUAGGAACUAGAGAGAAGUAGGGGAGCUACUUGGUUUGGGGCAAACUGAAACCUCUUCUUCGACUUCAAAACAAAACAAACAAAAACAACACACCAAAAAAAACCUCAAAAGACAAGCUGACCUGACAA